AUGGGAACGACCAAGUGGGAGGAGGCGCAGCCUCCCGUGAAGCCCGCCGGCGAUGCGACGUCGUCGCCGCCGCCGCUGCGGGCAGCGCAGGCGCAGUCGGACGGCGUCACGCUGCUGCUCUGGUCGCUGGUCGGCGCCGUUGUCGCCCUGCUGCUUGCGAUGCUGCUCUCGUGGCAGACGGCGCUGGGGCAGUGGCGCGCGUGGGACGGGACGGCUGUUGCCGACCCCGCGCCGCUGCAAGCCCCACCGCUGCGGCGGCUGGCCGACUUCGCGACACCCACAGAGGCCGAGCGGCGGCAAGGCGCUGAAGUCAAAGGCGAACCGCAGUCGUCGUGCUACACACUCGAGGAGUACAGUGCGAGGUUUAUUGCGCCGGCGCAGGGGCGGCAGCGGGCACCGCGGCGCCUUUUCUACCGCUGUGGGACGCGGCUUCUGGACCUGCGCACGGAAGUCAACCGUAGCAAGCUCGAACGCUGCGCCGCGGCCGCCGCGACGGAUCCAACGUCGUUUCCCACCCUGCGUGUAUAUCUUGUAAGCGCGUUUGAGGAGCGGGCACAUCUGCAGCAGCAACGCAAUGUGGCGGCCCAGGUCAUUCCCCUCACGAGGCUCAAUGACGACUACUGCGACUGUUUCGACGGCACGGACGAGUUGCAGACAAGUGCCUGUAGCAUGUCCGGCGCCGUAGGCCCGCUGGCCCACCUGCGGUGGAGGCAAUACCUGCAGGCCAACGCGCAGGUGCGGCUGUACGAGGAGGAGGAGGCGCCGUCCGCGCGGCGCACGGCGCGGCUGCUGCGCCGGCUUGGUGGCCCUGUGCUCCCAUUCCGCUGCCGCGGCGACCCGGAGGUCUGGCUGGCGCCCUCGCGGGUUGGCGACGGCAUUGUGGACUGCUGCGACGGCAGCGAUGAGGCGACCCCGCCGGCUUCGCAGGACGGCGCGCAAAAAGGCGCCGCAGCGGCAGUGGCGGGGUGGCGGUGGCGGGUUGCUGCCAUCGAGCGGUAUCUUGACGAGGACGGCGGCGCCGCCACCCCCCUACACCCCGCCCCCGCCGGCGGUCCUCGCACGGUUGCCGGCAUGCUGGUGGAGAAAGGCCUCAGCUCCCUCAUGGGUUGCCGUCGGGUGCGGGAGGAGCGGCUGCGAAGCGCUCGCGCCCUCCACGCCGUUGUGGCGCGGGGCCAUGCGGUCUACAAGGAACGUAAGGCGAACGGCUGGGAGCAGUACGGCAAGGCCUUGGUGGAGCGGAGUACCCAGCAGCGGACGGAGCUGCGUGCCGCCGCAGCGGAGUUUGAACGGCGCCGAAACCGCAUCCGGGAGUUUGUGGAGGCGACAGGGCGCCCGGACCCUGUCUCCGCCGGCGUGCCGCCCGAGGAGCUGCAGGCGAUGGAGGAAAUGUACGCCGAGUUGCAGCAACGCGCUAUGCAGCAGCGGCACAGGGAGGUGAUCCUUGCCGUUCGCUGGUUGGGCGACGACUUUGAGUACUACCCGCUCGCCCACGCCCGUUUUCCUGUGCCACUGAGCCGCGUGGUGAACACGGCGCAGAGUAGUUCGUGGCCGGUCCGGCGAUCGCAGGCGUCGCGUCGCUACAAUGCCUCCUACGUGCUUGAGGCGCCCCCCGCGCACGUGGACAACGCCUCCUACCGGGAGUUUUACCUUGCCCCGUACCUUUACCUCGUCGGCGUCCAAAACCUCACGGCGGAGCAGGAGCGCAUCUUCCUACGACGCGCCCAGGCAGCUGGCGGGAAUGCGUCCGACGCCGGCGCGGCUGCCCGUGGACCGCCGGUUGUAUUGGGCUUCUGGCAGCCGGACCACGUCGAGGCCGCCGUCGACAACUUUGGCUCCCUCGAUCCCUCCGGUCACGGGGUGCUGCGGCAACGCCUGCUUAUGGCCGACCCCGUACCCGUCAUGGGCGGUGGGGUGGAGCAGACGCUGCGGCACGAGCGGCUCUCCUACAGCGGGGCCCGCCACCGCGUGGUGCGGCUGGAGAACCCCAAUUUGCUGGAGCAGCUGCAAAAAGCGCGGGAGGGGACCUCCGACGCCAGGACAGUAGAAAUGCCGCAGCAGCAAAACACACCCGAGUUCGCGGCCGUGCAGAUAUUCCACGGCGGCAUCCCAUGCGCCCUGGACGACGCCGUUGGCGACGGCAGUCGAGUGGGUGAGUGGGAGAAGGAGGAGGAGGAGGAGUGGAAGCUGGGCGACCAGCCCCGCAGUUACGGCCGUGUCGUGUACGUCUGCGCCGACGAGGACGGUGUGUUGGAGUGGCACCGCAACGGCAAGUGUGCGCAUGAGGUGGUCUUUGGAACCCCCAGUGCCUGCCCACCGUGGGUGCUGGAGGCCGCCACGGCACGCGUGCAGCAGGCGGAGCGGGCCAUGCAGGAUGAAUGA